CAAAAAAAAUGUCAGUUAGCCACAAGAGAAAAUAUAGCACACCAUUCUUGCCUACAAAUAAAUAGACAUUAUACAAAUCAUGACAUGUGCGGGCCAAAGGCCACAAUAGUCAAGUGUUUCUGGGAGAUGUAGAGCAUCUGAGUGCAAUCACAAGCUACAGAUGGAAGCAGGAGGAGGUCAAAUGUACCGACUGUUAAAAAACAACUGGUGCAAAACACACAAGAAAUUGAAUUGUGGAAUUUGCUACAUCGCUUCACUACGAGCACUGCUAUUAGUUAUUUACAGAUAAAGUUGAGCUUUCACAGUGAUAAGACAAAAUCAUUGAUGUGUUGAAAAAGUGGUGCUUAUACAGGGUGAUCAUUUUUUUACAGAAUUAAACAAAAAUCGCCUGUGGCAGGUAGCAUAAUUCUUGUCCUUGAGCUGGAUUAUUGGAAGAGGCGGACAUUACUACCACUAGAAAUCGAAACACAUAUUCAACUAAUGAUCGAAAAUUCACUAAUUAACUUCUUAAUUACUUUACGGCACAUAUUGCAAUUGAUUCAAACUUAAAACGCAACAUCAUGAAUGUACAAGUUGUACAGCCUAUUGAGAAAUAUCCAAAUAAUUUCUUUCCGCGCUGAUAGCUGCUGUGGGUUUAAUACUUCCGGGCUACAAAGCAAUAUUAAAAAAAAAUACUGCAUGAUUACGUGCAGCGACAUUAGUGCCCUCAAACAUUUUACCAAUGAAGGAUUGACACUGCAUGCAGACGGAAGGCAUGAACAAGCUGCAAAAAAAAAAAAAAAAAGAUAGGCGAUGGCCCACACACACAAACAAACCAGCACCGCCAAAACCUCCAUGCCCUUUACAAUGUAAACAGCAAAAACACUGGCAGAGCUUCAAGAAUGACCCUGCGUUAUUUAUUGCAUAUCCCAUCGCUUCAACUAACAAAAUAUCUCAGUAAGUGUGGAAGCCAAGACCAUUGUAUUCUAUACAUCUCAGUUUGCUCAAACCCUGUUCGUGCCAUCAGUCUGCGUGCAGCAUCAAUCAUUCAUGCGUGGCAUGUUUUAUGGCACUAAUGUUGUUGCAUGUAAGCACGUAUUCACGUGUUACUUUUUCAAAUCUAGCACGUUUUCUUUACGCCACGGAAAAUGAGAACCACAGCAGCUAUCAUUAAGUAAAAAAAAUUAUUCGGACAUUUCUCAAUAUAGGCUCUGCAAUUUCUACAUUGAAGAUUUCACAUUUAAAUUAUUUUAAAAGUUGCCUAAUUAAUUAUCGUUAAUUAAUUACUUAAGCUCAUAAUAAAAACAGUACUUUGGGUUGUUCAAGAGGGCAUGCAGCUAACAAUACUAAGUUGGUUGCAUUCUUGUAACUCACACAUAGUUUUUUAAAAUUUUGGACCAACUUAGCUUAAACACCCUGUAUAAUGUAGACACUUUGGAAAGGUAACAACAGAAAAAAAUUUCAACUCCUUACGAAGGUUUCUGUGGUGACAAAUUCAUAUCAGGCACGGCAAAGCAUUCCAUUAACUUCAUUUAACCUAGCAAAGCUUUCCCUUUCAGGAAUGCUGAAAUGAAGAUAUUAAGUGCAAGAUAUGAUCCCUAUGAACACAAGAUGAUUAUACACUUUUCUUUUGGUAGUAUUACGAGUCCUAUCUACUAGAAUUGGAAAGCCAUAGUGGGCACUACUUGAAGAUGGCCCCUACAAUGAGGAAUCGCCUAUCUUUCACCUGUGUUUGGACACACAAGCCUGGUGAUGAUGUUGAAGCAUUUAUGGCAGCAUACAGGCAGUUCUUUGAAGUACACAAGGUAGAAGCAACGUUGAACGUUGGGCGAUGUCGGCAGCAGAAGACGUACAAGAGUGACUGUGAAGAUCCAAUCUGGCUGGUUGACAUCAGCCUUAAUCUAUACUCACGAAAGGAUGAAAAUCAGCUUGAGUCAUUGAGUACACAAAUAGCUCGACGGUGGUGCACAAGUGGACUACAGAAUGAGAGGAUGUCUAGGUACUUGCAGUGGCUGCAACCUGACCGCAAAUUUGGCUUUUGGCAUGGCUGGUAUCCUAUUGAACAGGACAUCAAGAUGAACUCCAUAGCAUUUGGCACAUUUGUUGGCCUGAACAUGUUUGCCGAACGUCAUGCCAUAGUCAGUAACUCCACUGGCAAAGGCUACAACAUAGACUGCACAUUCAAGCAUGGUGAGAUGACUAUGCAGGUGUUCAUUGAGUUAAGCCAUUGCAUGGAAACGAUAGAUCUCUACCGGCUAAGCAUGUCUUACGACAACAUCUUUCGUGUGGUUGUGCAUGACCCCGACAAUGGGUCCACGGAUGUAUUUCUUCAUGUGCACACUCUUCCCUUGUUUCACAAGGCAGUAGACAGUAUGAGUACUUUUCAUUCUAUUCUUUCACUUGCCAAAAGAUCAAAGUCUCAAGAUCAGAUCGACUUCCAGAGAACUUUGAAGAUUGGAUGCGCGCAGUGCGGUCAAAUUUUAGAAAGCAGAGACGUGGGCGGUUGUUUUGUCAUCAGGCUGAGCUUCAACGACAGGCACAAGGCGCGGCGCACUGUUGGCCGCCUAAGCCGUAGAUGCAAGAGAACCCAAUUUGUUUUUGCGCCCGUAAAAACUCGUCCCAUUGGCAGAAAAGCUGAGGAGUUAAGGCAGCAGUUGUGCUCAAGGAUCAUGCCCAAGCUCAAGUUUGGGUGCUGCUAUGCACUCAAUGCCCUCAUCCAAAGGAGUGAUGAUAUUAUUGUGCAGCUGAUGCUGUUGGAGAAGUGUGAACUGGACACUCUCUUGAGGGACCUGGAAUCGUACGCAUCUCAAAAUGAAGGUGCUCUUGAAGAGGUCCUGUUUAGCAUUGGCACUGCUCUUGAGAACCACAGCAAUGUCACCUUUGCUGUUGUCUUGCCUGAACUGUUCAAAAAGUUCUGCAAAACAUAUCUGCCCACUAACGUGCCACGGGGCUCCUGCCUUGUUCGACGACUGUUUGUGACACCAUCUCGCAUCUUUUUCUUGCCACCUGCUCUGCACGCUGAGAACAGAGUGAUACGCAGGUUUGAUGUGGACUAUGCUCUUCGAGUCUUCUUCCGUGACGACCAUUUCGAACUUUUGUCAUAUACCCUGGGAUCUCAUGACAAGAGGCGUGAGAUGCUGAACGAAGUGGUUGGUGGCUUCCUGCGGGAUGGCAUCAAGAUUGGUGCCCGUCACUUCAGGCUUCUAGCCAGCUCUGUAAGCCAACUUCGAGACCACGGAGUUUGGCUCUAUGCAAAUGACUGUCAUGGAAAUUCAGUGGAAUCCAUACGGGCUUGGAUGGGGGACUUUGAUGCGAUCCCCAGCAUUGCAAAGAAGAUAGCACGGAUGGGCCAGUGUUUUUCGACAACAGAAGAGUCUGUCAUUGUGCCUCUUCAUGGCGAAACUAUGCAGGAUGCACCAGAUAUUGAAGGCGGCGUGCACCCCAUAUCCGGGAAGCCCUAUGUCUUCUCAGAUGGCAUUGGCAUCAUCUCCGAAUCCCUCAUGAAAAAGGUCUGUGCAAAGCUGGACAUGGUGCACGUUCCAUCUGCCAUCCAGAUUCGCUAUGCAGGCUACAAAGGCAUGCUGUGUGCAAAUAAUGCUCUACAGGGUGACCAGCUCAUUCUGCGCAAAAGCAUGAACAAGUUUGCCUGUGUCACAUCAGCCAGCAUUGAGGUUAUCAAAGUGUCUGCCCCCUCACCAGUGUUCCUAAACCGUCCUUUGAUCACCAUUCUGGAGCAGCUGGAUGUUCCCCGGCGGGUUUUCUUGCACUUGCAGCAGAACAUGCUGCUUCAGCUGUGCAAUGCCCUUAUCAACGAUGGUGCAGCCCUGCGAGCACUUGGCACCUACGCAAACACCAGCCUGCCUUUUGCCAAGCUACACGUGAAUGGGAUAUCCCUGAGUCAAGAGCCAUUCACUCGCUCAAUGAUACUGGUUGUCUACGAGAGCAUAAUUGCUGGGCUAAAGGCAAAGAGCCGGAUUGCCAUUCCUCCAGAGAAGGGCCGCAACAUGCUGGGUGUUCUCGACGAGACUGGCACUCUCGAGUAUGGCCAAGUGUUUGUCCAGUUUACACAUAUGGGUGUUGACCUCCAUAAUGGGGCACCAAACUCUAGUGACAGCAACAGAGGUAGCACCCAAGUGCUCACAGGUACCGUGCUGGUGACCAAGUGCCCCUGCCUGCACCCCGGUGAUGUGCGCAAGUUUGAGGCAGUUGAUGUGCCUGCCUUGCACCACAUCAGAGAUUGCAUUGUGUUUCCAGCCAAAGGCCCCCGGCCUCACCCCAGUGAGAUGGCUGGUUCAGACCUUGACGGUGAUGAGUACAUUGUGAUUUGGGAACAAGACCUCUUCUUUCUCGGACCAAACAGAGAGCCCAUGGUGUUCAGCGACACUUCUGUCGGAGCUCCCUCAACUGGAGACCUGGACAGUGACGUCAUUCAGUUCCUGUGCAAGUACAUCCUUAAUGACAGUGUAGGUGUCAUGUCUAAUGCACACCUGGCCUGGGCUGACCAGCUUCCAGCUGGCAUUUUCUCUUCCACCUGCCUUGCCCUUGCCGAGAAGAUCUCUACCUGCCUCGACUUUGCAAAGACUGGCAUCUCUGCAGAACUCAGUCGACAGGAACGAGUCCAGAAGUAUCCUGAUUUCAUGACCAAGAGGGGAAUCAAGCCCACUUACCGGUCUGCAAGGGUACUGGGAGAGCUCUACCGCCUCAACAAGACACUGAUCAGCAGCACUUAUCACACAUUUAUCGCGACUGAUUUUCACUGCAACCUGUUUAAUUAUCCUGGAUGGCAGAAGCACCGGCAUGCCGCAGAGAAUGCCCGGGAUCUUUACGAGUUUAUGAUGCUGAAGAUCAUGGAUCAGUAUGGCAUUGAGAGUGAAGCUGAAGUGGUAGCAGGGGUCAUUAACAGUGUCUCUCGCUACAACAAGAGCAAACAAGACAAAACUAGUGUGAAAACCCUGGUCUCUAAGCAAUACCAGGAGGUCACUGAAGUAAUACAGAAGCAGUUUCUUGUGGAUGUUGAGGCAGCGUCUCGGCAAGGUCAAAGCCAGCGGACAACGUUGCUGGAGAUGGCAUCUGCCUGGUAUAUGGUGACCUGCAGUGAUGAGCAGGUCAAGGAGCACAGCUUAGGGCUUCCUUGGUGCAUCACAGACAGCCUGUUGCUGCUAUUGAAAGAACGAAGCGAUGCAAAGCCGACAGACAAGCCAGUGUCACAGAACUUGUUGGCUGCAAAGAUUAAUCAGCACAUCUAUGGUCGUUCGCCCCAGGAUGACGCAUUUGACAUGCUGUGUGCCUGGGCACGUAAGGAAGAUUUGUUAUGCGAUACUGUUACAAAGGCUUCCCAGGUUUGUAUGUCAUGCUUCAAGGGGGCUUUCCGGCAAUUUGUGUCUAGCGGCCAAUGUUCAACUGAAGCGCCUGUAGUACCGAGCUGCGUCGCGUCUCAGGGAGAUUCGGCGAAAUGUGGGCAGACUGCUGGCGACUACGUGAGUGGGUUUCUUCGCUACCUUUCCAUGGCACCGACAGGGCUCCCACUCUGCAAUGAGUGCUGCUCACCUUCUGGUCAAGUGCACAAGCUGACAUUGGCAGCUUUGCACCGUUACUCUAGGCUGGCUGUAUCGAGGGACAUCUGCUGUUUUGAUCUUCCUUGUGACCCCGAGCUCCACGACAAUACAGAGGACAUACAAGAAUCUGAUCCCAUCCGGAUAAAUAUUCAAGACACUCGGUUCCUGGCCAUGCUGCGGGAGCAGGAAGACUUGGUGAAGCAACUGCUUUGCCGGUGGUCGGGUGUGGAGGAAGUGAACAUCAGCCUCCACAGCUACCGUUCGCGCAAAUACUAUUAUUUCAUUGUCUCGGCGGUUGGGCGCCAGUGGCAGCUGUGUUGUUUCGAUGAACUGAUAGCGCAGCCAUGGCUUGAGUAUGCCAUCAUAAACAGGAGGCUGGGUUAGCCUACAACUUGGCUCUGACUUAUUUUCUUACUCUAUGAGCAUUCUGGUUACUGCCAAAUAAAGGGCUAGAGAAUGGCCCUGUUCUAGAUUAGCCACUCUCCUGACUGUGCCCUUCCUUCCCUGUAAAGGUUCUUUGACUUGACUCUAGCGUGCACGCAUACAUGAUUUGUAGAUAGCUGUGCAAACAUUCCGCAGCACUAGUCGGAUAUUUAUUGCAGUGUCAGAACUUCAACCAUGAUGUGCUAUAAAUUUAUUAGUGAAAUUUACAUACAUCAGACUCUGGGAAUAAGGCGGCACUUGGCUGCUUAUUAUGAAGCUCAACUUGAUACAAGAGACU